GUGUGGGAAAGGGGGUGAUAGUAAUGCCGACAUGCUCGCAGGCUGCCGAGAACCUGUCUUUUCUGGGUUAAUUUAAACGCCAUGAUGGGCACCCUCUGGAUAUGGCUAUGUCUACUUUCUCUGCCUUUGUGCCAUGGCUUGCAGUGUCAAAUCAACUGCACUAAUGGGGGUAUGUGUUUAUCACACCUGAAUGGGACCCAGAGCUGCAGGUGUGCUACUGGUUUUAUGGGUGAUCGAUGCCAGCUCACAGACCCCUGUGCUAAUGUUAACUGCUCACAUAAAGGCACAUGUCAGCGUCACUCAGCCACUGAAUAUCGAUGUAACUGUGGGCCGGGAUGGACAGGAAAGAACUGUGAAUCAGUGGACUUCUGUGCCUCGAUACGCUGUAUGAACAAUGGAAAAUGUGUCAACACCGCCCCUAACUUUAUAUGCCAGUGUCCCCGUGGCUUUGAGGGCGACGCUUGUGAGAAGGACGUGGAUGAAUGUCAAGCAGUGGGAACCUGCAAAAAUGGUGGAACCUGCAAGAACUCGGUGGGGUCCUUUAAUUGUCUGUGUCUCCCUAUGUACCAAGGGGAACGCUGUGAGAUGAGGAGAGGGGUCUGUGCAUCAAACAGCUGCUCCAAUGAUGGAACCUGCUUCCAGAGAGAUUCACAAUACUAUGAAUGUCUGUGUCCAUCAGGAUACACGGGGUCACAGUGCGAAGAAAAUAUUGAUGAUUGUAUCAACCACAAAUGCCAAAAUGGAGGUUCCUGUAUAGAUGGCCUGAAUGACUAUUCUUGUCAGUGUACACCUGGAUGGGAUGGCUGGCGUUGCACCCAGAAUGUUGAUGAAUGCCAAACUCCUGGCAUAUGUAAGAAUGGUGGUACUUGUCAGAACACACCAGGAAGUUAUAAGUGUGUGUGCGUCAAUGGCUGGAUUGGCGAAAACUGUGAGACCAACUAUGAUGACUGUGCUGAAGCCACGUGUGCAGAAGGUUCCACUUGUGUAGAUCUGGUGGGGACAUUCAAUUGUGUGUGUCCCCCUGGCAGAAUUGGCUUGUUAUGCCAAGCACAAGAUGGCUGUCUGAAUAACCCAUGCCACCCAGCAGCCACUUGUGACUCUCAACCUUCGUCUCAGACGGUCCAAUGUCGUUGCCAGCCUGGGUACACUGGGGCUACUUGUCAUCAGGAUCUAGACGAAUGCCAGCUAGGUCCAUCUCCUUGUGAGCAUGGUGGGGAAUGCGUAAAUACCGAAGGCUCGUUCCUGUGUCGCUGCCCUCGAGGGUACAUUGGCACUCGCUGUGAAACGGAUAAGAACGAGUGCCAACCUAAUCCCUGCCACAACAAUGCUACCUGUCUAGAUUUGUUAGCACAUUUCAAGUGUUUGUGUUUACCUGGAUUUGAAGGAGAGCUUUGUGAGCAGGAGAUAGAUGAAUGUAGAAACUCCCCCUGCCAAAAUGGAGGACACUGCUCCAAUAUUCCAGGCGGCGUUCACUGCACAUGCCCUGCAGGAUUUUUAGGGUCCCACUGUGAGGUCGAUGUAGAUGAGUGUGCCAGAUUCCCAUGUCAAAAUGGAGGACAAUGCCAGGAUGGUACAGGGAGCUACAACUGUAGCUGUCCCAUGGGUUUCCAAGGCGCUCAAUGUGAGGUUGAUAUCGAUGAGUGCUCCAGCUCUCCCUGCUACUUUGGCCAGUGUGUGGACCAUCUAGGAACCUUUACAUGUUCAUGUUCCGAGGGCUACACUGGUAACAUGUGUGAGCAUGACAUUGAUGAAUGCCAGAGUCAGCCAUGUCAAAAUGAGGCUAUCUGCCAAGACCUACCUAAUGGCUUCCAGUGUCUAUGUCAGCCGGGUACCACAGGUCCCACUUGUGACACCAAUGUGGAUGAAUGCACCAGUAGCCCAUGUUUGCAGGGUCACUGUAUCGACACAUUCAAUUCUUUCCAGUGUUUAUGUGAACCAGGAUACACAGGCACUCUGUGUGAUACUGACGUUGAUGAGUGUCUCUCCAAUCCUUGUCAUAAUGGAGGAAUAUGCAAUAACACAGAGGGUGGUUUCUUGUGUCAUUGUCCCUUGGGCAGCCUCCCACCCCUUUGUACCCUAACAGACAUCGAAUGCAACCAAACAAACUGCAUCCAUGGCAGCUGUGAAACACAGGGCAACAGAUCACAGUGUGUUUGUAACCCUGACUGGACAGGUUCAGCUUGUGAUUCUUACAGCCACGUGUGUGCCACCAAGCCGUGCAAUAAUGGAGGAAUAUGUCAGCCUCACCAUGAUGGGUUCAACUGCACAUGUCCUGCUGGAUACACUGGUACUCACUGUGAAGUACCCCUUCCUCCUUGUUAUUCGGACCCCUGUAAGAAUGGAGGAAAAUGUCAUCAGCUUCCAAACCGUACUGUCUCCUUGUGUCAGUGCCCUGAUGGAUGGCAAGGUCCCUUCUGUGAAGAAGAUGUGGAUGAAUGCAAAGGAAAGCCUUGUAUAAAUGGGGGUAAUUGUUUAAACAGCCCUGGGAAAUACAGUUGCCUCUGCCCUGAGGGUUUCACCGGACAGCACUGUGACGCAAACCAAAACCACUGCCAACCAGGCAAAUGCCAGAAUGGGGGUACGUGUCUCAAUAUUACCGAUUCUUUCUUGUGCUUGUGUCCUCCUGGGUAUGUUGGGGAGACAUGUCAGGAGUACAGGGAUGAAUGUGAAAGUUCUCCAUGCCGAAAUGGUGGAUUGUGCAGGAAUCAGGUCAACUCAUAUUCCUGCGAUUGUAUGAAAGGCUUUGAGGGGGAGAAUUGUGAACUGAAUUCUCAGGACUGCACCAACAGCUCCUGCUUCAAUGGCGGCACUUGUGUUGAUGGCAUCAACAGCUUCUCCUGCCUGUGUCCGGAAAGGUUCGCAGGUGACCAGUGUCAACACAAGCUGAGUCACUGCAAUCCACAGCCCUGCGUCAAUGGUGGCACCUGCAACGACCUUCCAAACGGCUAUCACUGCUCCUGUACCCACAGUUACACCGGGAUCAACUGUGAGGUCCCCGUAGAUUUGUGUAUCUUUGCUCCUUGUCAAAAUGGAGGAACCUGCUCUCAAACCAGAACAACAUACAGUUGCAUCUGUGAAUUGGGAUGGAUUGGACGUCACUGUGAGACACCUCUGAUGACCUGCAAGGCGACAGCUGCCCGAGAAGGAAUAGAUCCAAACUCUCUCUGCGGUGGGCAUGGCAAUUGUGUGGAUUCUGGGUUGUCUCAUGUGUGCCGAUGUUUCUUUGGAUACUCUGGCCCAAAGUGCCAAGAGAAGAUUGAUCCAUGCCAACCAAAUCCAUGCCACAAUGGUGGUUACUGUAAGCAAGUCUCUGGUUCUUUCACCUGUCAGUGCGCCCCUGGAUACCUUGGGGAGACCUGCACUGAGAGGGACCCUUGCCUGUCACAACCGUGCUUCCACAAUGGGCAAUGUGUAGCACAGGGGGGAAGCUACCAAUGUAUAUGUCCUUCUGGAACUCAAGGUGACCACUGCCAAAUUAACUUUGAUGACUGCACCCCUCUAACAUCUGAGCCACGCUGCUAUAAUGGGGGGACUUGCAAGGACGAGAUUGGAAGCUACUCCUGUUUGUGUCCCCCGGGGUAUGUCGGGCCCAGGUGUGAAGGGGAUGUGAAUGAGUGUUUAUCCAAUCCCUGCCACCUACAGGGAACACAAACCUGUGUGCAUCUUGAGAAUUCCUACAAAUGCCAAUGCCAUCCCCAUUAUACAGGUCAAAAAUGUGAGAAGAUAAUUAAUUACUGUGAAAAGAAUCCUUGUUAUAAUGGAGGAUCCUGUGCAGUUGCCACCAAUACUCCCCUUGGUUAUACUUGUAGCUGCCCACUGGGAUAUUCGGGGGCCACCUGCAGUGACUCGAUAUCACCGUGUGGUCCCUAUACUUGUUACAAUGGAGGUGUAUGUGAGCCUGGCACGGGGGUACUCCCUCGCUGCCGGUGUUCCAAAGGUUAUUCUGGCCCACAAUGCCUUGCACUCGUGGAACCCAGUGCUACAACUACAAGUACCUACCCUCCUGCCUUAGUGGGUCCCUGGGAGCAGUGUACAGACCAUGAGUGCAGGAAGAAGUUCAGAAACAGUGUCUGUGACAGCGAGUGCAACAACAAGCCAUGUCUGUAUGAUGGCUUCGAUUGUAACAUCACAAGAUCCUGCAAUCCUCUCUAUGACAAAUACUGCCUUGAUCACUUUGCCAAUGGUCACUGCGAGAAAGGAUGUGACAAGGAAGAAUGUGGCUGGGAUGGAGGAGACUGUUUGAGAGAAGAAAGUGACUCCCUUGGUGGAACUCUGAUCUUGGUGCUGAAUUAUGCUCCCCCUGUGCUACACCAGAGAGAUAUAAAUAACCUGUUACGUUCUCUGUCCAUCUCUCUCCGAACUGGCGUGAAAUUACUAGCAGACAGCAAAGGUGACAUGCUUUUUAGGUAUCGGAAAGGAGACAAUCUGAAAGAGUUGUCACCAGAAGUAAUGCACAGGUGGGAGUAUGGAACAAUGAAGGCUGAAGGAGAAGAGAGUGAAAAGGAGAGCAGCACUAUUGGCUGUGUCCUGUACCUGCGUGUGUUUGGCACAAAGUAUGACCAACCUCCCUGCUUUCAUAGUGCCAAGGAAGCAGCAAGUUUCCUGGAAGCAAUCCGUGAAAAAAAUGAAAAUAUUCUUCCUUACUCUCUGCUUGAAGUCCAACACAACGAGGAGGGUAAAAGUUUCACCAAACCAUUCCAGCUCCAAUGGCCAUUGGUUGGAGCAUCUAUUGGAGUGUUGUUGGCUCUAAUAUUGGGGGGCUUCAUUGGGGUACAUCUGAGCAGAAAGCGUCAGCAUGGAGUUCUGUGGCUCCCUGCAGGUUUCAGCCGUUCUCGAGCAGCAGAUGGUAGCAGGAGAAGAGAACCUGUUGGAGAAGAUUCUGUCCGACUCAAGCCAUUAAGACAUGACUCUGUUUACGAUGAAGAUUCUUCACCUGAGGAAGGCGUUGUGCAGCCAAAAUCCAGAAGACUGAAGCUUACAGAGGAUUCUACUAUCCUUGAUCAUCGCCAAUGGAGUCAGCAACAUAUUGAUGCUGGGGUUCGCUUCCCACAAUGCAUUGCUCUCACACCUCCCCAGGAGGACCCAGACUGUAGAGACAUCAAUGUUAGAGGUCCAGAUGGAGUUACUCCACUCAUGUCAGCAAUCUGUGCUGGAGGUGGUCUGGAACCAGUUGGUGGUGGUGGAGAUCCCCCAGAAGUGGAGACUUCAGCUGCAGUCAUUUCUGACCUCAUUGGCCAAGGGGCAAGCCUCAAUGCUCAGACAGACUCCAACGGUGAGACGGCCCUUCACCUAGCUGCUCGAUUCGCAAGGCAAGAUGCCAUCAAGUGCAUGCUGGAUGCUGGAGCAGACACCAAUGUCAAAGAUAGGCUUGGGAGGACUCCACUUCACACAGCUAUUGCUGCGGAUGCUCUAGGUGUUUUCCAGACCCUACUACGAUGCCGACAAACAGACAUAGAUGCUCGUAUGAACGAUGGAUCUACUCCACUCAUCUUGGCAUCUCGUCUCCCAGUACAAAACAUGGUGGAAGAGCUGGUGUCUUGUGGAGCUGAAAUUGGAGCAACAGAUAAUAGGGGCAAGUCUGCAUUGCACUGGGCAGCAGCCGUUAACAAUGUGCCAGCACUAAGGACUUUGCUCUGCAAUGGAGCAAACAAGGAUCUUCAGGACAAGAGGGAUCAGACUGCUCUCUUCCUUGCUGCCCGGGAAGGUAGUUUUGAGGCUGCCAGGAUUCUAAUCGAACAUCAAGCAGAUCGAGAUCUUACUGACCAUAUAGGGCAUCAGCCACGGCAUGUUGCUCGAGAGCGAGGUCAUAAGGACAUCCAGCAACUUUUGGAAGAGCGUGGACCUUUGGUUAACAGAAGUACUUCUGUAACACCUUCUACUGGAGGUCCUCAUUUAAAAAAGAAUCAACGACCUCGACCCAAGGACUCAGUCAAGCCACCCCCUUUACCACACAUAGACUUGAGCAGCUCCUGUUAUCACAAUGCCCCACCUCUUUCAGCACCACCGUAUGUUCCUGGUCCACCAUCAGAGGGCAACUGCUGUCAGUCACACCACCCUACAGUCAACUAUGGGGGGAACUUCCCUCCCUACACUCGGAGUGGCUCCUUCUCAUCAGGUGUGGCACAAUGCCAGUGGGCAAAUAGAGGUUGGAGAGUCCAUUUUUGUACAACAGUACCUGAGGCACCCUAUACAGGGGAGGCCCAACAGCUUUCUCCUCAUGCUCAGUGGCUACCAGAAUCACAUCACCCCCAGUCUCCAAAAUGCCAAAAUCCAAUAGCUGGCUUCUGCUCUACGCCAGCCUUGGAAUCCCAAACUACGAAAGACAUGCCCUGCACUCCCACUGACCAGUUAGGUCACAGCUUAUAUUUGACACCUCCUCCAUCUCAAUAUGGCUACCCUUCCCCUGCCAGCCCAGAGGAAAUAUCUUCCACCCAAACAACUUGCAUGCACCACCAUCCUUUCCUCACUCCUUCCCCAGAGUCACGGAAUACCUGGGGCAUUGCAUCACCAUAAAAAAAAUGAAAUCUUUUAAUCAGAUUGAAAGGCAAUUAAUGGACUUAGUGAU